GCUGUUUAUCAGAGACAGCAGUCGGUACACGUCAGUUUAAAUUUAAUCUUUUAUCCUCUGAAGAUCCAAGGAGGCUCUCAUUUUCGAAGAUUCGCCACAUUCAGCAUCGAAAUCUUGACUAUGAUUGUUUUGCUGAUUCUAGCGCUGGUCCAGCUGGGGACAAGUUUCGACUGUCCUGGAGAGGGAAGGUAUCUUGAUGUAGAGAACUGUAAUAUGUAUUACAGAUGUUAUGCCGGUAGAGUAUUCCAUAUGCCCUGCCCGGACGGACUGUGGUUCAACGAAAGUGAGCAAGUUUGUGAUUGGCCCGAAAAUGUUCCUGAGUGUCCUGAAUCUCCCCCAACACCAAAACCUACACCUCAACCAACCACUCCUGAACCAACCACUCCUGAACCAACAACUCCAGAACCAACCACCCCUGAACCAACCACUCCAGAACCAACCACUCCAGAACCAACCACUCCAGAACCAACCACUCCAGAACCAACCACUCCAGAACCAACCACCCCGGAGCCAACCACCCCGGAGCCAACCACCCCUGCACGAGAGUUUGAAUGUCCUGGAGAGGGAAGGUAUCUGGACAGAUAUAACUGUAACAUGUAUUACAGAUGCUACAGAGGCAGAAAGUUCCACAUGCCAUGCCCGGAUGGGUUGUGGUUCAACGAAAGUGAGCAAGUUUGUGACUGGCCAGAAAAUGUUCCGGAAUGUCCCGACUCCCCACCGACACCAGAACCUACCCCAGAACCGACAACACCAGCCCCCACUCCGGCCCCCACUCCGGUCCCCACUCCGGCUCCUACUCCAGCUCCUACACCAAAUUCAUGUGAGGAUAAGUGGGAUUACUGCGCGGGAACACCUUCCCUCUGCUUGGAAGAAGACAUCGCCACCAUUUACUGUCGGAAGAGUUGCGGUCGCUGUGACGAUGAUCUCGUCACUGAUAUCCCUUAAACUAAUCGAUAAUAUUUUAUGUUUUGAAGAUUUACGUUA